AUAAAUGCUUUUACAUGUGGAAUCGUGACAAAGUAGACCUGAAUAAACUAAAGCUGAAAUUUAAUCAGACGUAAAACGGAUGUUCAGUUUGCAAAGUGAUUCAUUGUUAAAGGUGCUGGUUCUCACAUUUUUUGAAUUUCUAAAUUUUUUAAUGUAUAUUUCACUAUGACAUUAUAGAUAUGUUACACUAAUGCUUAAUAUUCAGAUUAAAUGCUAAUCGUGACGCCACUUAUGCUCUUAGUUGAGUUUUACAUCAACAAAGCAAUAAAGGAAUGUUUAUUAUUAACGUAGAAUACUUUAUUGUUGUAUCGUAUUACAGUACUGUACUGUAUGUACAUAUUGCGUCAUUUAACCAUUUCUUUCACUUUUGUGAACAAAAUGACAUAAACCUUAACAGACACGGUAAAUAAUAAAAAAAUAGACGAAUGUGUAAAUGCAUGGUCAUUAUAAUGAACAUACUGAUGGUGAUGAUAUCUGGCGGUUGCGCGUGGGAUUUCCUUUUCCUGGGUGUCGUGUUUGUCUAGUCGCCACCUUUUGCCCUCCAUCAAAAGGAGCUGUGACACAGUGGGAGGGUUUCAUUCCAGCCUGCAGCCUCUCUCCGGGCGGACUCGCUCCGUUCUUACAUUUUGCGCCAUGGCCAAUACACUGACGUGUCUGGUGUGCGAUGAUGGCAGAUACCAGAAGUCCUUCCAGCUGUUCCUGGAGCGUUCCUCUGAGCACCAGUGCAUGCGGGACUUCAUCCGCAACAUGCUGCCGGAAGUACUGUCCAGCGUUGGAAAUGGAAAGUGUCAUGUGAACGUCAUUGGCGUCGGCAGCGGUUCUGGGGAGAUUGACCUAGAGAUGCUUUCCACGCUGCGUAUGAAGCAUCCAGGGGUGACGGUGGAUAAUGAGGUGGUGGAGCCCAGCAGCCAGCAGCUUCUUAAGUAUAAAGAGUUUGUGUCAAAGAAUCGAGAUUUAGAUCACGUCAAGUUCACCUGGAACAAGAUGACGGCGUCAGAGUUUGAGGAGCACUGGAAGGAGAAGAAGACGACGACGAAGGCCGACUUCAUUCACAUGAUCCAGAUGCUGUACUACGUGAAGGAUCCUGAAGCUACCAUCGACUUCUUCCAGAGUCUCCUCGACAACAAUGGGAAGCUUCUGAUCAUCCUGGUUUCUGGGGAGAGUGGUUGGGGAAAGCUAUGGAGCACUUACAAACACCAGCUCUGCAACACUGAAAUAAGUCAGUGCGUAACCACAGGAGACAUCAAACAUCAUCUGGACUCCAAGGGAGUGAGCUACCAGAGCUAUGAGCUGCCGUCUCAAAUGGACAUCACAGAGUGUUUCACUGAAGGGGACGAGAAGGGAGAGCUGCUGCUGGAUUUCCUCACCGAGGUGCUGGACUUCAGUAAGACGGCGCCGCCCGAGCUGAAGGAGGGCGUCCUGAAUCUGCUUCGCCACCCGGACUGUAGCACCGAGUCCGACGGCAAAGUUAUCUUCAACAACAACCUCGAAGCGAUCGUCAUAGAUCAGAAGUAGUGUAACAAAUGUGAAAUUUGACUGAUUAAUGUGUUACAAACUAGAUGAUUGUCUGUAAUGAUGCACUGUGUAAUCAGUCGUUGUGUAAUUAAACAAAAACAAAGCAGCUUCCACACAACCUCCACCUACUGUACUGUAUCUACAUGCAGCUGUUAGGAUGUUAAGCUUUUUUUCCCCCCCAGAACCAUUAUUUUACAUUAAUUCAGUAUUAUUUAUUCUUUCAGACACUGGUUGACUGUCAUGGAAAAAAAGAAAAUUACUUUGUUGUAUUUUCUUUUACUAAAUACAUUUCAUUAAUUUUAAUGAUCCAGUAAAAUGUUUCAAUAAAUUUAAUCAUCUCUAUCU